UGUGACCUGGAAGUAUUUAGCUAGUUCUUAUUGCCUGCUUCACAGUGGUAAAAAUAACGUCCACAUUAACGUUUUUAUUGUUGUGAUUUAGACGAUUGUUAACACCCUGGAACUCAAAAUAUGACAUAUUUAACUGCACCGCAUCACAUACGUAUCCCAGGUCAUCUUUAAUUCGCGUUGGCGACAGGGAGUGGUUGAUAGAUGUUAUCUAGAUAACGCUAGCUGCUAACAAUGGCUAACUGUAUGGUUUUUCACACUCAAAUAGCCUCCGUCAUGGAGGUGCUAGCGAAUGCAGCCGUGGCAGAGAUCUGUAAACUCGUAGACGAUGACUAUGCAGUGUUUCGUUUGGAAAUAACUCAAAGCCAGAAAGAAAACAGGUCAUUGCGGAGGAAACUACUGGAACUGAAGGUGGCACGGGAGCGCGCAGAGAGGACAAUCCGAGAGCGCGCCCUCGCCAGUCGUCCCAGUGGUGUCAAGAUCCUCGAUCGAUACAGAGGAAUGGCAAGAGGUGAAGGACAUCUCACUGGAGGCCACGGGAUCUCUGUGAAACCAGCAGGACACAAUACAUUGAGAGAUGACCAACCAAUCACUGUUGAUGAGGGGAGUGGAACCUCAACCCAGCACGUUAUCAUGAUAGAGUCUGCAGAUGCAGAGCCUGCAGGUCCUGGGGUCAAACAGGAGAGGUCUGAAGGAGAGGAGGACCAACGACACAGCAGAGACAUCCAGACUGGGGCAGAUGGAGCGCCCCUUGUAGCCACGGAGGACCCCACCAACGCCCCAGCGCAGCUCAGGACCCAAUGCAGUAUCACGGAGGAGGAGGAGGGUCCAGAGGUGCUGCUGGUGAAGGGGGAGGGGUGUGAGGAAGGUCUGUGGAAGCCUGAGGGGAACAUGGUCAUGGAGGACAACCGGACUACACCUCCUGAACCCGCAGAGGAACCAGCUGAGCAGCACAGGACCACACACAGUCUCACUGAGUCAGUUGACAUGGAGGAAUGGAAGCCUGAUCUGCUGCUAGUCAAAGAGGAGACAAUAGAGGACGAACCAGAGAGCAUUGACCUGCUGAGUGGACUAACGAUGGGGGAGCAAGGUGGUUGGCUGGAGGCUAACAGAGGAGACUGGGUGGUCAACUUGGAUUCCCAGACCCAGACAGGUGCAGCCAAAGGCCCUGGGGACGACAUCACUGAGCAAGCCAGGACCAUAGGCGACAUAGUGGAGUCUGAAGUCCAUGAGGACCUGCUGAUAUCAGGUGUUGCUGGUAGGAGAGACUGGACCUCUGAAGCGGCUGGUCACAAACCCUGGCCCCGGAUCAGGACAGUGGAUCAAGAGCCGUCACUAUUCCUUCCUGAUUCAGAUUCAAGACGGAACCACGAGGAACAAAGACUCAACCAUCACGUAGAACACAACCAGUGGACAGGUGGACUGAACAACUUCAGUCCUGGUGGUCAUCAGAGAGACAGAGGCUCCAGUCAGGGAUCCAGUCUGCAGCCCAGACCCUUCUCUUCACAGUCUCAGUGCAGGGAUGAAGCAGGGCCUGCAGCUGAUAGAGAGAGACCCUCCUGUUCCUAUGAUACAAACAGCACAGCAUCCAUGAUGAACAGAGGAUGUCAGCGUGGGGUUCAGCCUUCACAGAGAGUGACAGGAGCCCUCCCUGGUGGUAGUCUAUCAGCAAGUCGGUCUUCUCCUUCAGGGUCUUGUCUAAUGACUGGUGACUGGGUUCAUAGAAAGCCUGGACCUGGGUCUAGCCUUCCUCGGUUACCUCAUGGUUACCCCACCAAUACAGACCGGGUCAGGAUGGGUGUUCUCCACAAGAGGUACUUAUGCUAUAACACAGCACACAAUUCCAACAACAGCCAAACAAUGGCUAGAGGUCAAGGAAGGAGCUCAAACACCAACCACCUGAUGGUGGUGGCGCCUGCUUCUACCUCCUCUGGUGUCAUUGGAUCACAAUUUGGGAGGCCGAGCAUGAGGACGGACACAGACAAGCCGUAUGCCUGCCCCACGUGUGGGAAGCGCUUUGCUGAGGUGAACUAUGUGAAGAAGCACCAGAGGGUCCACACAGGGGUGAAACCCUUCAGCUGUACCCAGUGUCACAUGCGCUUCGCCCAGGCUGGUGACCUGAGGAGGCACCAGAGGGUCCACACAGGGGAGAAACCCUACAGCUGUCCCCAGUGUGAGAAGAGGUUCUCACGCCAGUACCAGCUAAAUGUGCACCUGAAGGUCCACAUGGGAGAAAAGCGGUUUGUUCGCCUGCACGCACUGUGAGAAGAGGUUCUCAGAGAGGAACUAUCUCAGCAUACAUCAGCAGAAAAAACAUUCCAUUCUAUAACAUAGAAAAUUACAAUUCUACUCGAUAGCUUCUGAUGUUUAGAUCAAACCCUGAGUAACAGAUUUCAGUGUUGAAUAUUGCAUCCAGACAUUUGAUAUACACGGUAUAAGGCGCAUACAGUGCCUUCAUAAAGUAUUCAUACCCCUUGACUUAUUCCACAUUUAGUUUAAUACAGCCGGAAUUAAAAAUGUAUUAAAUAUUUUUUUUAA